CUGUACAGCAAUUCCGAUCUAUCAACCCUAGAUCGGACGGUCCAUAAUACACUAUAAAACUAUCUCAAAACCCAAGCUCUGCUCAACCUUCAUUUUCUCUAGUCCGCCUCUCUCUCUGGUCACUUGUAAAAAACCCUAGCCCGAAAUGCCGUUCAAGCGUUACGUCGAGAUCGGGAGGGUCGCCCUUGUGAACUACGGCAAGGACUAUGGGAGGCUCGUCGUCAUCGUCGACGUUCUCGACCAGAACAGAGCUCUUGUUGAUGCCCCUGACAUGGUGAGAUGUCAAAUGAACUUUAAGAGGCUCUCUCUCACAGACAUCACAAUUGACAUCAAAAGGGUCCCAAAGAAGAAGACACUAGUUGCAGCGAUGGAGGCUGCAGAUGUUAAGAACAAGUGGGAAAAUAGCUCCUGGGGCAGAAAGCUGAUUGUGCAAAAGAGAAGAGCUGCUCUUAAUGAUUUUGAUAGGUUCAAGCUCAUGUUAGCAAAAAUCAAGAGGGGUGGUCUGAUCAGACAAGAGCUUGCAAAGCUGAAAAAGCAGAACGCAGCCUAAAAGCAUAUUACAUUUCUAUGGAAUCCCCAAUUUUGUUAUGAAUUUUCACAAUUUGUACUGUUGUCUAGUUUUCAUUUGUUUCUUACUGAUUAAGAGUGAUUCAGAGAGUUUAAAGUCUUAAUGAGAACUUUUUGUGUUCUGUUGCCAGUUUA